GAAGCAUCCUUCCACCGGUUCGAAGCCAAAGGAUAUGAAAUGCUUCRUUUYAUAAAUUUCAUUCUCUGUUCUUUUCUGAAAGUUCAUCUUCCUUCGAGAGCCAACACACGAACAACUUGUCGACAACGAUGGAUACCGCAAAUGGUAGUAGCAGCAACAGCGUCGCGAUUUUUCGGAAUGGGACSUCAACUCGUGGUUUUCUCUCGGGUGAAUKCAACAAGGGGAUGAUAUCUCGAACCUUUUCCAUCUCUUCUUCCGAGGCCGACGACGACACCAACAUCUACACCGCCGAACAARGCCUCCUCCUCGCGAAGAACGAGCGCRGCGUCCCUUGUCAGGAGCCGACUCCCUACGACGAGGGUGCGGCGUCGCUGGACCUUCGAGUCCCGAUCGAAAAGGCCCACACCCCCCGGAGCAAGAAUKGUUUCUUCAUGGAAUCGAUGAUCCGCCGGGACGAAAGCAAGACUAGGUUCAUCAUGUACCAGCAAUCGGCCGAAAGCGGGGCCCACCCGAUGUUCUGCGCCGAGAAGUACCCGCCCUCCGAUGGCGGGCAGAUCAUUCUCAAGAGUGUAGCACCACCGCGCCACUCCGGCUUCGAGCCGUUUGAGGAGAUCCUAGGCUCCCUCAUGAAAACUACAAAGCGGCGCAAGAACAGCAAGAAGGCCGUCGUCAUCUCCUACGAGCUCGUCCUCCACGACAAGGCCAGCUCCCGGAAGACCCCGGUGGCAAGCAUCGAGUACGAAAAGGUGAGCGUCGCCCGGUCCCUGGUGGAGGGAGGCCGCCCCCGGUACGCACAGGUCCGCAUCGCGGGACGGCCACCGGUCGAGACGAAGGAACCCAGCCGCCAAACGGGCGGCCAGCGGGUCUUGGACUUUGGAGGCCGGGGCAGGGAGACCUCGGGCAAGAACAUGCAGCUGGUGGGAUCCGMCACAAGCACGAGYGCYGCCUCCCGGGAAAGCAGAAACGGCAGCGGCGGUUGCUGCCUGCAGAUGGUCAAGUGGAAGGACAACGAGUUCAACGUCGACUUUGGUGCCCCGUUCGAUGCGAUCCACGCCUUUGCCUUUGCCCUGGCACAGUUCGAUUUCUAACCGCAAGCAAAAGAAUACGUCKGCAAUCCGGCGAAAUGAAUGUGGUGCGGCAAAACCGGAAACAGUGMAAAUGUCAAGAAUACCUUAGAGUAGUUACAAUAUAGAAAUCAUUUAGUA